UCUCUAAGAGUGUAGGAAGACAUGGAGAGAAUCAGAAGCUCGGAGGAGAAGAAAUCAAACAGCAGAAGACUUGGGAAGUAUCUCAGAGAACAAAAGGGACGGAUUUACAUCAUUAGAAGAUGUGUGGUCAUGCUCCUUUGUUGGCGUGAUUGAUCAAAUAUCUACUAACAUAUAUAUAUAUAUGUAUAUAUGUGCAUGUGUGUGUGCGUUUUGUUUAAGGGUGAGAUUAUUAGGGCAAAAUUCUUAAACCGUUUCGUUUUUUGUUGUCCGA